AUUUUACUGUAAAAUAUUUCAAUAUAAUUCUUUUCCCUAUCUUUCAAAAUUUUACUGAUAUUACAGUUGGCUAGGAUCGCGAUUUAAGAUUAUAAACGAGCUUCUCGAAACGUUCCUCUUGGAGAAAUACAAAGUAAAAGCAGAAGACUCCAAUACGGAGACCAUCUUUGAACCAAGUCAUAAUUUUCAAAAUAGAUCUGAAUUGCACAAUUGGCUGUCCGAACGAUCUUUAAAUGUUCCAGAAGUAUCUACGACGAGCGGCGUUUCGAAUGUAAAACAAAAGAUCGUCCAAGAAAAAGUUCAUAUACUUCGGCAAAUUAGGUUCGUGCAUCUACAAGUGUGCAAAGUAUCAAAGAUGGUGAACGAUAUAUUCAACGUCCAAAUAUUAAUGCAUACGAUCACGACACUGCUACAUUGUACUAUAUGUGUCUACAGCUUCUACAUGAAUCUUCACAGAGGGCUUAAUUUUAUAAUAGAUCAAUUGGAUAUGACAUCAAUAUAUAUGUUGGACAGCGUGGUUGGAGUCUUGAAGAUCGCUUUAAUGAGCUACGACUGCGAAUAUACAAUGAAACAGGCUAACAAAACGAUAGGAAACAUCCACGCGUAUCCUGUGCACGAAGGAAACGCAGAAUUAACAGAUGAGAUCCUCCAUUUUUCUUGGCAAAUAUCGUACACCCAACUUGAAAAAACGAAAUCGGUUGAUUAUAUAUUGAACUAUGGAUUCGUCCGUUACGUUAGUAUACUUCUUUACAUGGAUUUGUUUCUCCUUGAAUUUAUUACAAAUUUGUUCAUAUACGUUUUACAGUGUUUCAACUUCGUAAUAUCUUAUUUGGUGAUUAUGGUACAAUGGAGCCAAAACUUGAUAAAGAACGGUCCAAUAUUAAUCACAAACGAGACCACCACCUUGUACGAGAAUACAAGUAUAGUAGUAUAACUAUGCAUAGUGCUCGAUAGAAUCGUAUUGUAAAAUUAUGAAACACGUAGGUAAAGUCUGUGAGUGUUAAAUAUUAAUACAAUGCGUCUCGUAAUUAACGUUCCUCUCGCAAAACCGCCGUACAAUUUGCAAUCCUUACACAUAAAUAUGUAGAGGUACAAGGUACAAGACAUACAACGCGACAAAAUCUAAUUAGGAAAAUCGUCAUUGUUCAUCUCGUUAACGUAACUAUAAAAUAUACAUCUAAUAAAGUAUAACAAAUGAUAGUAUUUGAGGACUUUACGAGACGUAGUGUAUGUGUA